AUGGCCACCGGAGCGCAAUCAUUUUACGAGCUGUACCGCCGAAGCAGUAUCGGUCUCGCUUUGACGGAUACCCUCGAUGAUCUCAUCAGUGAUGAGCGUAUCAACCCCCAGCUUGCUAUGAAGAUUCUGGGCAACUUUGAUCAAGCCAUCACCGAGGCGCUGCAGAAGAAUGUUAAGGCUCGUCUUCAAUUCAAGGGAAGCCUCGAUACAUACAGAUUCUGCGACGAAGUUUGGACUUUCUUGAUCAAGAACGUGACCUUCAAGAUGGAUAGUGGAAGUCAAUCGGUCACGGCGAACAAGGUCAAGAUUGUCAGUUGCAAUGCAAAGAAGCCUGGCGAGGGACAAUAA